CCCUUUGUUGUGGAGGCGGGGUCGGUCCUUUUGUCGAUGACGUCCGUGCUGAUUUGGAAGAUGGACCUGCAAGUUGAGCGUCGCAACUCUGGCAUUUAAUUUACGGGUUAAUGCUUUUAUUUUUAAAUGUCUAGUGGGUUAUAUAGGACCCCCAAUGGAACAACGUGUGCAUAUGCCAAGUUGAAAGGUCCGAAGAAAGCGCCCCCCACUGCCGUCAUGCCUCAGAAGAGCGCCCAGACCACCCACUACAUUGAGCUGGGGGGCUACCAGUACUGGCCGGUGCUGGUGCCCCGCGGGAUCCGCCUGUACACCUACGAGCAGAUCCCAGGCUACCUGCGAGACAACCCUUACAUCACGGACGGCUACAGGGCCUACCUGCCCUCCAGGCUCUGCAUCAAAAGCCUGUUCGUCCUUUCCAAUGAGACGGUGAACAUCUGGACUCACCUGCUGGGCUUCCUGUUCUUCUUCUUCCUGGCCGUGUACCACAUGGCGCACGUCCUGCCGCAGAUGGGAGUCUCACGUGAGGACUACGUCAUCUACUCGGUGGGACUCUUCUGCUUUCAGCUGUGCCUGCUGUGCUCGGCGGGCUACCACGUGUUCUGCUGCCACCGCUCGGAGAAGACCAGCCGACGCUGGAUGGCCCUGGACUACGCCGGCGUGUCGCUGGGCAUCCUGGGCUGCUACGUGCCCGCCGUCUUCUACGCUUUCUACUGCAAUAACUACUGGCGGCAGGUGUACCUGGUGACGGUGCUGGCCAUGAUCCUGGCCGUCUUCCUGGCGCACAUCCACCCCAACUUCCUGAGCAAGCAGUGGCGCCGCCCUCGCUGGCUGGCCUUCUGCGCGCUGGCCUCCAGCGGCCUGGUGCCCGUCGUGCACUGGGUCUGCGACGCCGGCGGCUUCUCCUCGGAGCUCGUACAAGCGUUCACCCCGCGCGUGCUGGUCAUGUAUUUGAUGGCGGCGGCGGCGCUGCUCUUCUACGUCUCCAAAGUGCCCGAACGGUACUUCCCAGGGCAGCUGAACUACGUGGGCUCGAGCCACCAGCUGUGGCACGUGCUGCUGCUGCUCAUGUUCUACUGGUGGCACCAGUCGUCUUGUUUCAUCAUGGCCUACAGACACAGCCGGCCGUGCCCCGCCGACCUCGUUGACGACAACGCACACUCGUAGCCGACGUGGAAGUCAACUGCAGGACGCUCUUAUUCAGACAUGCAUGCCUGCUGCUUCAGAGGCCGCCAGUUCAUCACAGGAAGACCAUCGCCACUGCAUCAUGUUAGCAUUUCACAUGCUAGACAAUCAUCACGCAGCUCUACGCAACUUCCUAGUAUGGACUUUGCGGGCAAAAGAAAAGGUUGCUGCUGAUUGUGCGUGACAGAUAAGUCGCCGGCAAAUUUGUGUUCAAAAAAAAAAACAUUGGUGAAUGCUAACUCCGAAUGUGUCUUUGUUAGCAAACGAACCGAGCAAGGUAGCGAACCAGACAGGCAUUAACACUGGAGUCAACAGGAACAAGCAGCGAGUGACAAUGAAUGUGAGUGUUUUCUUCGUGUUGUAGCAGACUUUGUGUAGAUUUGGUAACUAGGUGGAGGUUUUAUUCGGUGGACAUUUUAUGUUUGAGAGAUGCUCU